CGCUCCAUUACUCCGGCCUGGACCAGACGCCGCCCUCUGAUUGGCUCAGUUUGAUCCUAGUUGGCUUCCCCAUCGAUUCGCUCGGGCAUCCGGUACUUUCGGCUUGCAGCUGCUUCGGUCUGGCGGCCGCCAUUGUCCCGGAUGGUCGCUGUGCACGGUUUUUGCCUGUAUAGAACGAUUCCCUUACACCCUCCGCCGUCCGUACGAGGCCCAGGAUUCCUCCCGUAACCCGAAGCGGGGACACAGAGCGGCCUGCCGGGCCCGGGACUCACCGCGAUCACCCAGGCCGGAGCCAGUAAGGCCUGCACCGCCCGAGAGGCUUCCAUGAAGUCUGCCUGUCUGCAUCUGGAUGUCAGCGCCUUCGUCCUGUUCUGAGAAGCUGUUGUGACGGCGCCGGCGGUGCCAUGAGGGUUGUGCCUGAAAAGAAUGCGGUCCGGAUUCUUUCGGGCCGAGAGAGGGGUACGCAGGCGCAGGGAGCCCAGCGACUCCUACAGUGUUUGGUGGAGGACAAAACCCGCUUUAUGAAAUGGGAAGGCAAGAAGGUGGAACUUCCAGACAGUCCGCGUUCUACAUUCCUACUGGCGUUCAGCCCAGACAGGACCCUGCUGGCAUCCACUCACGUCAAUCACAACAUCUACAUAACAGAAGUGAAGACGGGGCGAUGUAUACAUUCUCUGGUAGGACAUCGCCGCACCCCGUGGUGUGUAACCUUUCACCCCACCAUUCCAGGCCUCAUUGCAUCCGGUUGCCUUGAUGGGGAAGUGCGAAUAUGGGAUUUACAUGGUGGGAGCGAGAGCUGGUUUACAGAUAGUAACAACGCUAUUGCAUCUUUGGCCUUUCACCCCACCGUUCAGCUGCUUCUUAUUGCCACUGUCAAUGAAAUCCAUUUCUGGGACUGGAGUCGGCGGGAGCCCUUUGCUGUGGUAAAGACGGCCAGUGAAAUGGAGCGAGUUCGAUUGGUACGAUUUGAUCCUCUUGGGCAUUAUCUUCUUACAGCUAUUGUGAACCCCUCUAACCAGCAGAGUGAUGAAGAAUCGGAGAUCCCCCUCGACAGUGCAGAGAUUCCCAUCUACCGACAACGUUCUCUGUUGCAGACUCAACCAGUCCGCCGUACGCCGCUGCUCCAUAAUUUUCUACACAUGCUCUCAUCGCGCUCAUCAGGCACCCAGGCCGGAGAGCAGCCUCCUGUACAAGACUCUGCCACCCCAUCCCCGCCGCCGCCACCUCCACCCCCUCCCCCAACAACGGAAAGCAGUCAAAGGCUUAUUUAUACUCGCAUUAGAGACCGACCGCCCCCAGGUGUCACCACUCCAUGCUGCCAAGACCCCAGUAUGCUGUGCCUCUGCGUCCGAUGCUCUAGUGCUCGGUUGUCGUCUUCACUUUUCCCCCACCCUGAAGCACCAGGUACUCCCUCCACGUCAUCGGGGGCUACCUCCACUUCCUAUUCUCCAGUGCAAACUGAUCCCCAACAUUCUUUGGAACGGCAGCAGCAGCACCACCAGUCCUCUGCCCAGCACGACCAUGGACUUCUAAGCCGACCUUCUGCCUUCAGUAGCGUGCACAGCAGCACCGCCGGUAACACACUGCGCAGUCUGAGUCUGGGACCUAUGCGCCGCUCACUCGCUGGGCAGCCGUCUCGCUAUCAACAGCCGACCACCGAUAUUGGUGGUUCUGAGUGGACUCGCACAGUGCUUAAUAUGGGAUCCCGUUCUGAAAUGGUGGAACCCAUGCCCCCUCCCCGGACGAGUGCCUCAUCCGUAAGCCUGCUGUCUGUUCUGAGGCAACAGGAAGGCGAGGCCUCAUCCUCGGUGUAUACUUCAGCUACGGAGGGCCGAGGUUUUUCCACCACAGAGCAGGAUAACUCUGGAAGUCAGCCACCUGUACUUCCCACCACCUCCCGAACAGAGCUGCAGUGUGACCUGAGACGCUUCUUCCUUGAGUAUGACAGGCAAUACGACCUGGAACCUGGGACUCCGGGCACCACGCAGGGGCAAGCUCAUGAGAUGCUCAAUAACAAUCUAGAACCUGAACAACCGGGUCCUUCGCAUCAGUCCAACCAGGCUCACAGUGGUGAGAGUGCUGCAAAUCAGCCUAGAGGGCACAUGAACCGCUGCCGCGCCUGCCACAACCUGCUGACGUUCAACAAUGACACUCUGCGCUGGGAAAGGACCCCGCCGACUUAUCCGGAGAGUGCAGGCAUGCCCUCCUGGCAACCACCCCCAGUUCCUUCACCAAGCACUUUCCAGGCUGGUCUGGCCGCUGGCAGCACAGAGCAGCCUGGUGCCACAGGGGUUGAGAGACCAGAUAUAGGAAGUUUACCUAGUGGCAGUGGACGUUUGGAACCAGGGACAUCACAGGAAGAAAGAACAGUAGGUGUAGCUUAUAAUCCCGAGACUGAACACUGGGAACGGGUCUACAGUCAACCGGCUACUGUUAACAGAGCUCCGAAUGUAUCCCAAGAGGCCUUACCACAAGAUCUCCACGAGGAGAGCACAGAGGAGGACUCUCUAAGAAGGCGUCUUCUGGAGUCCUCGCUGAUCUCCCUGUCUCGCUACGAUGGCACUGGAUCCCGAGAGCAUCCCAUUUACCCUGAUCCAGCCAGGUUAUCACCAGCUGCUUAUUACGCACAAAGAAUGAUUCAGUACCUGUCUCGGAGGGACAGCAUCCGGCAGCGCUCUAUGCGGUACCAGCAGAACCGCCUCCGAUCCUCCGCCACCGCUCCUUCUUCCAGCGAGGGCCAAGGGGCUGUGGAGACCGGAGACCUGGAGUUCGAGGAGUUUGAUUUUUAUUCUUCCCGCAGGGAUAACGGGGACCGAUCUCGGCACAGAACUACUAGAAAUGCUCGGAUGUCAGCCCCAUCAUUGGGCCGCUUUGUUCCCAGGAGGUUUCUACUGCCUGAAUACCUUCCGUAUGCUGGAAUAUUUCAUGAGCGAGGUCAGCCAGGAUUAGCGACGCACUCUUCUGUCAACAGAGUCUUGGCGGGUGCCGUGAUCGGAGAUGGGCAGUCUGCCGUGGCCAGUAACAUUGCGAACACGACCUACAGGUUGCAGUGGUGGGACUUCACCAAAUAUGAUUUACCGGAGAUCAGCAAUGCCACCGCGAACGUGCUUGUUCAGAACUGCAAGAUCUACAACGAUGCCAGUUGUGACAUCUCUGCUGACGGGCAGCUCCUUGCCGCUUUUAUACCUAGCAGCCAGCGCGGUUUCCCCGAUGAGGGCAUCUUGGCCGUCUAUUCUUUGGCCCCACACAACUUGGGAGAAAUCCUGUUCACCAAGCGUUUUGGUCCCAACGCCAUCUCUGUGAGUUUGUCCCCUAUGGGCCGAUACGUCAUGGUGGGCCUAGCCUCACGUAGGAUCCUGCUACAUCCUUCCACAGAACACAUGGUGGCUCAAGUCUUCCGACUCCAGAAACCCCAUGGAGGAGAGACUUCUAUGAGACGUGUCUUCAAUGUGCUAUAUCCUAUGCCUGCGGAUCAGAGGAGACAUGUCAGCAUCAAUUCAGCUCGUUGGCUACCCGAGCCUGGCCUGGGAUUAGCUUAUGGUACCAACAAGGGGGAUCUGGUGAUCUGUCGACCAGAGGCAUUCGACAACGUCUGUGACCAGUUUUGGGAGCAAAUGAAUGAAGCUAUUCUCCAGCAUAACACUACUCGAACCACUGAGAGACCUGGGACCAGCCGUGCCUCCUGGAGAUCAGACCGAGAAAUGGGUCUAAUGAACGCCAUUGGCCUCCAACCUCGAAAUCCCAGCACCUCCGUGACGUCACAGGGCACACAGACCCCUGCCCCACAGUUACAGAACGCUGAGACGCAGACUGAGAGGGAGGUGCCGGAGACCCGGCCUGCUGCACCAAACGCUGAAG